AUUUCACUCCAUCGUCCGCACCGGCGUCCCGCUGCUCCCUCGCAUCUUGCCAACGUCAUGCCCUCCACCCCAGUGGAGAUCCUCUCUCCCGACGGCGAUUUGGCCGAGGCCGACGACUGGCUCCUUGACACCUCCGAUAUCGAAUCCUUCUUCGUCGUUGCCGUCGCCGGGCCCCAAGCCUCCGGAAAGAGUACCAUUGCGAAUGCUCUCUUCGGUACCGACUUUCCAGUCGCUAAGCGAGGCGACGUCGGCGAGGCCACCACUCGUGGAAUCCUCCUUUCACACGUCCCCGCCACAGAGUCGAUUCAGAAGGACACCCUCGUUCUCGACGUCGAAGGCGCUGACGCGCGCGCAAGGGGGCGCGAUGCAAAGGGCUUUGCCGCACGAUGCGCUGCCUUCGUCACCGCUCUUGCCGAUGUCGUCGUCGUUAAUUUAUGGUUUCAUGACGCUUGCAGGCUUGAUUCGGCCGCCUAUUCUCUCAUUAGAUCCGUCUUAUUUACGUGCGCUGACGGACUCGCUGGUGGGAGCCAGCCGAGAACUUCUCUCGUUGUUGCAGUUAGAGAUGCGGAGGAGGACUCAAGUGAGGCGCUCGAACAGCUUUCAUCCAUGAUUCAGAACGACGUUAACGAUAUAUGGGCAAAUGUCGCUCUGGAAGCCGGUCUUGCUGUCGGAACCGGCGGCACUCCUCUUGCCGAGCUCGUCGAUCUUCACAUAGUCAUGUUCCCACAUAUUCGACACCAAACGGACGACUUCGACAAAUGUAUAUCUGGCUUGAAGCAGGGUUUGUACAACGGAGAGAUAGCCAACGACGACCAUUCCAAGCAAAUACCAGCAGAUGGGGUUUCUGUUUAUGCCCAUACGUUGUGGCAAUCCGUCUCUGCAAGCCCUGACCCAGGGCUCGGCGGUGACGAUAUCGACCGGAAAGCGGACGAAUUUUACGGGGGAGAUGACUUUGCCAUUGUCGCGGCAUACCGAUGCGAUGAGAUUUUUUCACUGAAGCUUGCGGAUGCAUCCGCCGAUAUUGGCGAGUUGUUGGACGAAGUCGAGUCUAGCUCUGUGAUCUCGGACUUCGGAAAGAAAUGUGACGAUAUCGUAUCUCACACACUGCAAGAGUAUGACGCGGACACGAGCGAUUUUGCCGAUGAGCCUGUUUACGAACGAAAGAGAACAGAGCUCGAGGCCAUCAUUGACACUGGGUUGAUGAGCGUUUUCAUGAAGAAUGUCGCGAUUAUCGCUCGCGAAGCUUUGGCUGCAUUCAAAGGAUCAAUCGAAGCUGACCUCCCAGCCGACUACGCUCUCUACAAUGCGGACGCCAUCUUCGUGAAGAGAGCAAACGAGGGCCUUCGACAGGGCAGUAAUUGGACAUUCCAAACUGAGCGAACUGAUUUGCAAAACAUGAUGAAUGAGAUUGCAGCGCAGCAACGCAAACUUCAAGAAACGGAAGUCAAUGCUUCUCAGCAACAAACAAAGGCGAUGCAGUUCCUUCAGAUGCAACAUGCGCAGAUGAAUGCAGUUCGACAACAGGCGUUGGGAGGGAGUGUGGGGCAGUGGAACCUUGGCGCGGCAUAUAGACCACCGGAUUCAAACGUGAACCUUUCAUUAGCAUAUCAACAGGGAAAGACGAAUUUACAGGUCUCGAUGGUUCCUGACGAAUCUGCGACCUUGCUAGGACCUGCUGGGUUUACCACUGGAGUGGGGCCGGGAAAUUUGGGGAUGAGUUUUAACGUCAAUUUCUAGACAGGCGGACUGGCACCCUUCUCUAGGGCGUAAGAGCGUGGUGUAUCGACUUGUUGGUGCGAAAGUAGUCUUUUAGUCUCAACGCAAACUGUAUUGUAGGGUAAAGCAGAGCCGCGCUGGUCUCGGCAAGGUGCACCGAUCCGGUGAUUACAAGGUGAAAGCUGUCUGUGAAUAAUUAAGCGGAAGAGCUAUACGUUUUG